CCUCCCUUGUCCCAGCAACAAGUUUAUUAAAUAUAGUAGUAGCUGAAACCUCAAUUGGAAACAGACAGCCUCUGUUUCUAACGCCUGACUCACCCACUUGAUCCUUCUCGGGGUGAGAGGAAUGAUCUGGAGCCACUGGCCACAGUUGUAGGCAAUAUCAUGGCAUCUAGACUUCCUCGAGGGACCUGGGCUUGCUGGCCAAUCUUCCAACUUCUGCUGCAUCUUCUUCCUAUCUACGCCGAUCCAGCAUCAGGAGUGUCUUUUUUUGGAGAUGACCAUGUGGAGAUCCCCUUGGUCCACAGCUACAGCUCCAUCCAUCUCCACGUGCAGUUCCUCACCGGCUAUCACAAUGCCCUUCUCUUCUUGGCUGCUGGGCAAAAGGACUACCUUCUUCUAGAGCUCCGUGCUGGUGUCCUACAGGCCACAAUGGACCUGGGCUCAGGAGAGCUGUCUGUCAGGUCCCCAGCAGAACUACAACUCAACAACCUUGUGACUCAUGAUGUUGAUCUUCUGGUGACGGAUGGCAAGAUGAUCUUGAUUGUGGAUGGGCUCUUUAAUGCCUCCACAGAAAUUCCAGAGCCUCUUCAAGAAUUAGAUGUUGAUUAUGGGCUCUACCUGGCAGGUACAGGAAAUCUGGAAUUGCCGUACCUCACUGGAGUGAGUUUGUCAUUCCGGGGCUGUCUCCAUACUCUGACAUUUAACGAUCAUGAUGUCCUCUCGGCACUGGCAACCGGCACUGGCAUCAAAGCAACUCAUGGCAUCCGUGAAGGAUGCAGUGAAGAAUUCUCUGCUGGCCCCGAGGUUCCUUUUGGCUUCCUAGGAUCAAACUCUUACAUCACAUUUCCUGGUUGGAAUGCAAGGAAAGAAGGAACCAUAGAGUUUGUGAUCACCACAAGUGUCAAACAGGCCCCUCUGUUUUACCAAUCGGGUCUGGAAAAGGAUUUCUUCUACCUGGAAAUCUUUGAUGGACAUUUAAGAGGUGUGGUGGAGAAAGGGAACGGCCUGGUACUGCUUCACAACAACAUCUACCUCAGCAACGAGCAGGAUCACUACGUCAAGGUCUACAUGGACAAUCGAAAAUUUGAGAUCCUGGUUGACUACUAUGUCUCACAGACCUCUAACAAGGGGAUCCAUAGCUACUUUGAUCUUCAAGGACCUCUUUUUCUCGGUGGUCUGAAUGAGAAGGCUGCCAGCAGAAUGAAAGACCGUGAACUGGGCUUUAUAUCUGCAAACAGCUUCUUCAAUAACUCCUUUGUGGGUUGUAUAGAGGACUUGAAGAUUAAUGAGGAAAAGAUGAGCCUACGAGAAGCUCUUGUGACUAAAGACACAAGUGCUGGCUGUGGAAAGUCAGAUCAGUACUCAGAUUAUGACAAUGUUUAUGAACAGGAUGAGGCCACCACAAGCUCUCCUCUAGACAGUUGGCAGGGCUCUGUUAUGGAGCCCUGUCGCCCAGAUCCUAGCUUGCCCCCAGUCUUCACUAACUUCACCAAACUAUUGCAGGUCAGUCCCCUGGUAGUUGCUGAAGGAGGCACGGCUUUUUUGGAGUGGUGGCACACUCAACCGACCAUUGACCUCAACCGUGCAAACAUCAGGCAAUCUCAAGUCCUCUUCAGUGUCACUACAGACCCAAGACAUGGGCAGCUGGAAUUAAACCUCUCCAAAGUCAGGAGCAGAGGCAAGUUCACUCUCUUGGACAUUGUGAAUCGCAAGGUCAAGUAUGUUCAUGAUGGUUCUGAGGGCCCCAUGGAUCAGCUGCUCUUGGAGGUCACCGUGACUGCCAGAGGAGAUAUUCCGGAGUGCUUGUGGCAAGGCCAGAUAUAUUUGCUCCCCAUUAAGAUCAACCCAGUCAAUGAUGCUCCUGAAGUGGUUUUUCCACAUGGAGAUUCCAUGGUCAUCCUGGAACACACACGCAAACAUCUCAACCCAGCCAUCUUUCAAGCCCAUGAUGACGAUACCCCCUGUGAUAGCUUGAGAUUCCAAGUGCUUGGUGGGAAGAGAAUGGAAGAAGGAUAUCUGGAGUAUGACUUCCAUCCUGGAGUCCCAAUUGAAGAGUUUUCCUGUAGUGAUCUGGAAGCAGGCCAGGUAGUCUAUGUCCAUCAAGAUGGGCCUGUAUCCACCCUUACCAUCCAAGUGAACGAUGGCAUGGUGAUGAGCCCGGUGGCCACCUUGAGGAUAGAUGCAGUGGAGCCAGAUAUCCAGAUCCACAACAACACAGGACUCUUUGUCCUACAAGGGGACAGAGUUUCAAUAACCAAAGCCAACCUUUCUGUGGAUCUUAAUGCCGUCCAGCAAAAAGUACCUGUGCUGUAUCACUUGGUCUCCCCUCUCCAGUAUGGUGAGAUCCAGAAGCAAGGAGGGAUGAGUGGAGAGUGGAAGAAAACAGAAUCUUUUUACCAGCAGGAUAUUGAUCAAGAACACAUCCAGUAUGCUAGCACAGAUGAUGAACAUCGAGUAGAAGACACGAUUGAGAAGCUGCAGUUCACCAUCCAGGUAGGCCAGAAGAUCCUGAAAAACAACACCUUCCCCAUCAGAGUCCAAAAGGCUGCCAUCAGGAUGAAAACUAUGGUCCCUCUCCAGAUGAAAAACGAGAAAGAAAAAAACAUCACAUCUGCUGAACUGGAGGCAGCUUUGGAAGAACCAGGUUCUGAGCAAGUGACUUUCCACUUUGUGAUCCUUCAGCCACCCAAAAAAGGAAAUCUUGAACUUCGGGGCACCAGAUUGGCUGAGGGCUUGAGUUUUACCCAGGAAGAUUUACAGAGAGGACAACUGAGUUACAUGGCAACUGUUAGAGACUCCAAGGAAACAGAAGAUGUUUUCCAGUUCCGGGUCAUGGCUAAACCCUAUUAUUCCCCUGUGUAUUCUUACAAAAUAGAAGUAGGGGGAGAUCCAGAUACUCCCAUCUUAACCAAUGUCCUUUUGUCCAUUUUAGAAGGAGGACAGGCCAUCAUUACCAAGGACUUUUUGUUUGUCAAGAGUGCUAACAGCAUGAACUACAUGUAUGAGGUGAUAGAUGGUCCUACACAUGGGAAGCUUAUCUGGAGAACCUCUGAGCCUGGGUCAACCAGGAAGGAGAUGAUAACAACAUUCACAAAUGAAGACAUCCUACAAGGUCGCCUUGUCUACCAGCAUGAUGAUUCUGAGACUCUAGAAGACGACAUCCCAUUUGUAGCCAUCAAGCAGGAGGAAGGAAGCUUUGACUCAGAGGCUGAGGAGGUGAGAGGUGUCUUCAGGGUCUCCAUUCAGCCCGUCAAUGACCACACCCCAGUUCAGGUGGUCAACAAGGUCUUCAACGUGGUGCGUAAAGGUCAACGCCUGAUGACCACAGAAGACAUAGCCUUUAUCGAUGAAGAUUCAGGUUUCUCAGAUGUUCAGCUAGUGUUGGUAAGAAAAGAUAUUCUUUUCGGUAGCAUCAUUGCCGCAGAUGAUAGAAAUAGCCAGCUCUAUCGCUUCACUCAAGAUGACUUGAGGAAGAAAAAAAUCCUCUUUGUCCACUCAGGAGCUGACCGAGGCUGGAUUCAGUUCCAGGUUUCUGAUGGUCUUCACCAGAUCACAACACUUCUGGAAGUGCAAGCUUCAGACCCUUACCUCAAGAUCAACCACACUGGCUUGGUCCUUCACCAAGGUGGCCAAGUGGCCGUGGACUCCUCUGUCCUCAGGUUGGAAACCAACAUGGACAUCAGGAACGACCAAGAUAUCCUCUUCCGUAUCAUGGCUCCACCCAUGUCGGGAAUGUUGCUACGAGAUGGCCAGGAAGUAUCGUUUUUUACCCAAAAGGACCUUCUGGCAGGAGAUAUUAUUUACCAUCACAAUGGGAGCAGAAAGUCCCAGGAUGCCAUUCAUUUUUCUGUUGACGCAAAUCAGGUGUCCGUGGAGGAGACACUGAAGGUUACCAUAUUAGCAGAUUCCCAUCCUGACCCACUAAAUCUUGUCCACAACGAGAAGAUACACGUCCUCCAAGGAGAAGCAAUGGCGAUUAAAAAUGACUACUUGCUGGUUGAGCAUGAUGAAAUUGAACCCCAAAACAUCAUCUAUACAAUCAUCAACUCUCCCAACUCAGGGUUUCUGGUGGCUUUGUCUCAAAACCAUGCUUCGGAUGAACCUCCAAGCCUGGAUCCCAUCCAGACCUUCACCCAGGAAGAUGUAAACGAAGGCAAAGUCCUCUUUCUCCAUUCCAGCCCCGAGAUUCAGAGGGAUCAGUUCAUGGUUGAUGUUACCGCUGAUGGAGUAGAUGCUCUGAACGGAGUAGUAGUGGAGCUGGAGAUUCUUCCAAUUUCAGUUCCUCUGGAGGUUCACAAUUUCACAGUGACCGAAGGCCACAGCCAAGCGCUUUCUAUGGACAUUCUGAAUAUUCCCAGCACUUAUUCCUCAUCUUUCGAUGUAGAAUUUGUAGUUGUUGAGAUACCAGAGCAUGGCACCUUCCAGAAUUUGGAAAGACCUGAAGAGGGUAGCUUAAAUGUUUUCUCCUGGUAUGAGGUAGAGAAUCAGCUCAUCAAGUAUGUACAUGAUGGAAGUGAGUCCUUGACUGACAGAUUCACAGUCAUUGCCAAUGUUUCUGAAGUUAAUCAACAGAGUCAACCCAAGACCAUCUCCAUUAGCAUCUCUCCAGUCAACGAUGAGGCACCGGUGCUAAAGGUCAACACAGAACUGCAGAUUGAAGAAGGGGGCACUGCUGAGAUUACCCCAGAGAUUCUCCAAAGUGAAGAUGAAGAUACCCCUCUAGAAGAAGUCAUCUAUUCCAUCAGGACCCCAGUCAAUGGGAAGGUGGUGUUGAAAUCAUCACCUGACAGUCCAAUCCAGCGGUUUACCCAGGCCCAGAUAAACAGCCAUCUUGUUCAGUUCAUCCACGAAGGACCUCCGGAGGGAGGGUUUUCCUUUGAUCUAUCUGAUGGUGAGAACAUGUCCCCGGGACACUUUUUUGCUGUGAAAGCCCAAAAGAAACUUGUCAUCACUCUGGAAAAUAAGCAAGAUCUGAUGGUGUGCCCAGGUUCUGCUGAGCCAAUCAGAAGUCAGAACCUGAAAGCAGUGACCAAUCAAGAAGAAGCUGAAAAGUCUUUAUUUUACAUCAUACGACAACCUCCACAGUUUGGCAAGCUGUUGAAUAGCCAAAAGAACAACGGAGAAGAGCUGAGAAAUUUCACCCAAGCUGAGGUGAAUGCUGGGAUGAUUGCAUACCACCAUGAUAUGCCACCAGAACCUUUCUGGAUCCGUGAGGAUAAUUUCCACUUCCAAAUUUCUUCUCCGUCGGGGACCUCAGACCUAUUUGUUCUUGGCGUGACGAUAUCAUUCGAGGCCAGCUGUCCUCAGGGCUCCUCUCAGCUGUGGAGAAAUAAAGGCCUGACUGUCCCAGAAGCUCAAAGUGCAGCCAUCGACCUCUCAUUACUUGAUGCUUCCAACCUUCUUACCAAGGAACUGGAACCAACGAGAAGCUCCUAUGACGUGGUCUUUCUGGUGACCAAAUUGCCCAUGUAUGGGGCCCUUUCUCUUCCAGAUGGUCGAGUUAAUAAGAAACACCCCUAUUUUCUGCAAUCUGACCUUGCUGCAGGUGGAUUGGAAUAUUCUCACAACGGUCCUGGAUUCCUGGAUGAUUAUUUCAGAUUUGAUGCUUGGCUCCGGAACAACACGGUGAAAUCUAUUCAGCCCCCACAAAACAGAGAGGAAGUCAUUAUUUCUGGGUUGUUCAAUAUCACAGUGAAAGACAGUAAUGAGAUGCCACCAAAACUAGUCACCCAAGGAAAAGUCUUACAAGUUCUCCAAGGUUCCUCCCUGGUGAUCUCCCAAGAACAUUUGAAUGUCAUAGAUCCAGACAGUUUCCCUGAAGAAAUCCAAUUCAAUAUUACUUCUGAAUCUUCAACUGGAUUUGUUGCUAAGGCCCAUAAUACAUCCCUAGUUAUAACCCAGUUCACACAAGCAGACAUCAAUGCAGGACACCUGAUAUUUGUUGCCAAUAGAACAAGUUCUACUGGAACUUUGAAGAUGGUUGUAUCAGAUGGACUCCACAAGCCAAUUUCCAUUUCUCUGGAAAUCAUGGUUCUUCCAGCAACCACGUGGGCAACCAAUCAGACCAUCUUGGAAAUACCCCAAGACUUGAACAUGGCUUCACUGUCUCACAAACAUCUUCUAGGGUCUUUAGACCAAGGAGAGCAAAAUACUCUCUAUGAACUCAUCAGGGACCCAGAGUACGGGCAGGUGGAAGUCCAUCAAAAGGCCGUGAGACGUUUUUCACAACAACAGGUGGACAAUGGAGAAGUGAUCUUUACUUUCACAGAUUUGGCCUCCUCCUCCAAAGACGAAUUUCAAUUCCUUGCCACCUCAGGAGCCAUCAAUAUCUCAGGGAUUGUGAAUGUAACAGUCAAGGCCUUAGUGAAAACCCAACAGGAUAUUCUUUGGCCAAGAGGAACCACUGUCCUGCUUAACCCCAACGUCCUUGAUGCACGUGAUCUGGCCGACAGGACAAACAGCACCCCUGAGUUCAGAAUUCUCCAAGCACCUCAAGGGAGCAACUUGGUGAAAGUCUCCAGGGACAACACGAAUCGCCCUGUCUCCAUCGACGCUUUCACCCAAGAUGACCUCAAGGAAGGGUUAAUUGGGUUAGAAAUCUGGGAGGCAGAAGAUUCAGGGCCAGAUCUCCAAGAGGACCGCUUUCAAUUUGAAUUGGUGGCAAAAGGUGUGCCCCCUGCCUUGGGCUGGAUGGUGUACACCACUGAGACCUUCAACUCCUCAACCCCCUAUAGGGCCACUUUGAUCCAUAUGCCUGGUCCCCAGGAAAGCAGCCAUAGCUCUACCCCACAGAGCAUAACCUCCCCCUUCCAGACUUUUACAACCAUGCCUUAUGAAUCCAAAGUGCCCCCCGCUAAUUCCAACAAGUCCCACGUCCUUCCAACAACCAGAUCAGGCCAAGGACCAACAUCUCAGACAGAAAAGGGUUCUCUCCUAGGCUUCAUUGAAGCCAACAUGUUCAGCAUCAUCCUCCCCAUUUGUCUCAUUCUUCUGCUCCUGGCUUUGAUCUUACCUCUGCUUUUCUAUCUCCACAAACGGAACAAGACUGGCAAGCACAAUGUCCAGGGGACGCCACCCAAAUACAAGAAUGGAACGGUAGUGGACCAAGAAACCUUCCGUAAGACUGAUCCUACUCAAAGCAUACCUCUGACCACCAUCAAUACCUUGGAGGCCAAAGAACCAGGAUCCAACUCAAAGGGACCUGGGCCAGGAAGACAACAGGAUCCAGAAUUGCUCCAGUACUGUAGGACAUCUAACCCAGCUUUGAAAAACAGCCAAUAUUGGGUUUAAGUACUGGAACCAAAGACUAAACAGCCCAUCAGUCUCUCCGCAGGCUGCCACCGUUUCUUGAAGUUUUAUUUCACCUCAUCCUGCCAUCCUUUCUCCUCUAUCUGCAGAUAUGUAGAAAAGAUCAAAACCUUUUUAAGAGUAUGAAGCUUUGGUGCCUUCAAAGAUAUUUAUUCAGUGGGAAUGAUGCCUUUGGAGUAAGAGUGGGCAGCUACGGCCCAGUGGUGAAAUCCAAAUUUUUUUACUACAGGUUCUGUGGGUGUGGUUUGGUGUGGCUUGGUGGGUGUGGCUUGGUGGGCGUGGGAGGGGAAGGAUAUUGCAAAAUCUCCAUUCUCACCCACUCUGGGGCCAGCCAGAGGUAGUAUUUGCCGGUUCUCCAAACUACUCAAAAUUUCCGCUACAGGUUCUGUAGAACCUGUCAGAACCUGCUGGAUUUCACCCCUGCUAUGGCCCCUUUACGACUUGUGGACUUCAACUCUGAGAAUUCCUGAGCCAGCAAAUGGCUCAGGAAUUCUGGGAGUUGAAGUCCUGAAUCAGCCAUGAUUGGCUCAGGAAUUCUGGGAGUUGAAGUCCCAGGUUGUAAAGGAUCUAUAGUUGCUCAUCCCUGCUUUGGAGGGUAUCAUAAACUACUGAAAGUCUUUAGAAGAACUAAAGCAUUUUUAAAGAUCUAUUCUUCAUAAGGACAUAAGAAUAGAUGCAACGGAGUCCUCAGGGGUCUGCAGAUAAAAUUUGAGAACCCAAAAGGAAACCAGCCAUGAUAUCCAGAAGCCGGUGGGAGAGAUUUGGGGAAAGAUUCAUUGACUAGCAAAGGCCAUCGUGAACGUAUGGAAAAGUGGGACCAUUGCAAAGUAAAAGAUGCAAAAUAGAACAGGGAACAAGCACCGCUAAAAGCACCAUUUACCCUUGUGCAAAAUUCCAGCUUUUGGAAGAUCAUGGAAGUGAAAUAGGUUUUAUGCAGAAUUGUCAGUCUUCUUUAUCCACAUCCUGAAUCUUAGGAAUUAACAGGAUGAUUCCUAAAAGAGAACAUGCGGAUGGUUUAAAAGUUCCCAAAAGACUGUCAGGAUAUUUUUUUUUCUUUUCUUUUUGAGAACGUAUGUUUUUGGUGUUUAGGUGAUUAAAUGUCAGUUGAUCCCACAAGAGAACAAGCGCACUUGAGUGUCUUGUUCCAACAAGCCAAACAUGGCACAGAUAUAGAUUACAUUUGUGUCAUCCUGAAUCACUUGCUCCGGCUCCUGACAGGAAUUUCCCACAUGGAAAGUUUUUGAAAAGUUCUUUGUAGAAGUUAGUUAGAAAUUCCAAAGUUGUUUCUCUCAGUAUGAAGCCUAAAGAGCUUCCAACGCUGAUUUCAAAGAGAGAAAUAGAUUUCUCUAGUAGAUCUAGAAAAUCUAAGGAAAAGCCAUGGUUGAAAUCUGGAAUUAGAAAUAAGACUCUCCAAAUAAGAAAAAAAAAAAAAAGCAAGGGGAAGGAAGGAAGGAAGGAAGGAAGGAAGGAAGGAAGGAAGGAAGGAAGGAAGGAAGGAAGGAAGGAAGACAGGCAGGCUAGGUGGCUCAUGGCUCAAUGGCUAAGACACUGAGCUUGUUGAUCAGAAAGAUUGGCAGUUCGGUGGUUCGAAUCCCUAGUAUAGAUCUCCUGCGUGAUCAGGGGAUUGGACUAGAUUACCUCCAAGGUCCCUUCCAACACUGUUACCGUUAAAAAGGAAGGAAAAAAGACUAUUUUUCUUCUAAUUUUCAAGCUACAAUAAAAGGGUCCUAUCAAAAUUCCAGCCACCUAUACAACAAGUUUUCUGCUUUUCCGUGAAUCAACAAUUGUGGGAUAGCUAAAUGCCCAGCCUUUAUUUUGAAGGAGAUGUGUAUUUAAUGCAAUUUCAUAAUUUUGCAAAUAUUAUGUCUGUGUUUAUUUAUAAAUUGGUUAUCCUAUGAUGAUUCACAGCUCUAUUGUGACUUCCCCCAAGCCUAAAAAGAAGGAAAGAAAUCCAGAAUAUAUUUUUUUCCCUGAUCUUUCCUGCGCUAUCAACUUUCAGACAAGACUCUUCAUAGGAGCAAUAGAUUACGAUACCCAGCUUUGGAGAGGCCCUUGGUUUUAAAUAGUCUGAGCGAAAAAAAGUGCAUUUCUCAUGCAGAAGAUCCAAGUAGGGGAGCCAACGUCCAUGAAGGUCAUCUGAACACCUGAAGUAGAUGACUUCUCUAUAAAGCAUAAGACUUGAAUCGGUAGGUGGAAAAAAUCAGAGAAACAGAGGUUGCAUCCCCAACAUAGUUAAUGGGGACCCUUGAAGACCGAAUGGCUUCAAACAUGAUAAGUUUGCUUUGUUCAAACCAUAACUGUAUGAGUUGGGUGGUUGAGUAUUUUAGGCAAACCCAACAGGUUGAUGGGUACCCAACUUUGUGUCAAUCCAGAACAUGGGUUACUUCCCUUAACUGGAUGAAGCACUCAAAGAAAGAUAAUGAGGAGAAACAAGGGUAAUGUUUCAGUGUUUCAGAAAAACCGCCAACUCCAAGUAAAAACUCUGAAGAAAGCAUUUUUCAAAGUUCUAUUUACUAGAAUAGGUAAAAUGGCACAUCUGGAAAAACCCGAAUCUGAGAGGUCCAGGUUUUCUCUCAGUAAAUCAAAAACCCCAAAACCAUCCCCUCAGUCCUCAGUCGAUCACAUGCUCCAAUCACCAUCCGUCCCAUCUCGAGACAACAUCACUCCGACCACUCCUUCUCCAGAUGCAGGAUCUCCCUGACCUUGACCGACAGGAAGAAUGCUAUUAUGUCUAAAGACAACCCCUCUACUAAUUCCCCCCUCCUACUUUCCCACAGAUGAGAAGGUGGCAGCAUGGAAGCUUCCGGCCUAAUAUGGCUUCCAAAGCUGACAGAUAAAUGUUGUCCUACAGUGGCCCAUUCCACCUUAAGAAGGUAUAGUUUCUUUGACAGUAGGAUUUGAGCAACAUCUGGAUAACCUUUGCCCACCAGUUAUAGCUGACACCUAUAUGAAGGAGGGGGCUGGAUUGGUGAGUGAUUGGAUCAUGCUGUAACUAAGGUUGACCCACUGGAUUUUCUCUUUGUGGUUCACUCUUCAGCUCUAAGCAUCCAUUUCUCAUCCUACAAACCAAUCCCUUCAUCCUUUUCUCCGCUCCCAAGAAAUCCUUCAGAACAUGACAUCCUCUGCUUUGGUCUUCCAUAAAUCCUCAAGAAAUGCUAGUGAUAUUUCAGAAGCACCAGGAGAUACCAAAGUGUACUCCCAAAAGGAAUGGUAAGCACAGAUCUCCACGAGCUGGUUAAAAGAAAUGCCCGAACAUUUGGAAAAACAGCUCAGUUCCCAUGUUGCUUCAUGCUCAUUGAGCAAUUUGGCCAACUUUGUAAAGGAUAAAUAAAGCAGGUUAUUUUUAAAAA